AAAACGAAAACCAUCGCUGUGCACAGCGUCAACCGAGUCCACACAAGCAGACGGCAAGUGCUUGGCGAGCGAAGUAGCGCUGUUGUAGUUAGCUGCGAACUUUUUCUGCGUGCACUUUGCGGCUGUUCGCUCGUCUGAAAAGCACCCACCAUGUCGAAGCCGGUUCUCCUGUCCAGCUUUAUUAGUUCCUGCGCCUGGCGCGUUCGCAUCGUCUUGGAAGUGAAGAAGAUUGACUUCGAAUAUCGGGCAGUGGACUUGAAGCCCAACGGUGAGCAGCAAACUGCGAAAUUCAAAACGGCAAACCCAAUGGGCCAAGUUCCUGUUUUGCUUGCCGACGGAAAGCCCAUCAGCCAAUCGGUGGCCAUUAUGGAGUACUUGGAGGAGAAAUAUCCUGAAACAAGGAUGCUACCUACAGACCCCUACCAGAGGGCCAAGUGUCGAGAGGUUGUGGAGCUCCUUGUUUCGGGAGUCCAGCCCCUGCAGAGCAUCGGCCUGAUCCCUCUUCUCGGCAAAAUGGAAUGGAAGAAGUGGGCCGAUCGCACCAUCACGCGUGGCUUCGCAGCCCUGGAAGCCAUCUUUGCGGAGACAGCCGGCAGAUACUGCUUUGGAGAUGAGGUGACAUUUGCAGAUGCCUGCCUCGUACCUCAAGUGUGCAAUGCAUACCGGUUCGGUGUUGACGUAACACCCUUCCCAACGGUGCGGCGGAUAUACGAAGAGCUUCAGCAGCACCCGCUUGUCAAGAAGGCUGAUCCGUCGUGCCAGCCAGACACCCCUCCAACGGGUGUGCCCAACACAGUCAACCUUUUCAAGGGCCCUGGGGACCAAUAACAGUAGUAGUCAUGUUGAAGUCUAUAUUUUGGUGAAAUUAAACUAGCAUUUUUAAGA